GUGUGUGAUGAAAACGUGUUAGUAAGUAACCCCCCCCUUUCGACUAAUAAUAAUCAAAUGAAACUGAUUGGGACGUCGGAACACACCGUGGACUUUUGGGAACGCGUACCGGUGCCAUUUACGCACGGAACAUGCUGGCGCGACGCUGCGUUUUAGCGCACCGGGAGAAACUCUUCAGAGAGUAGGUGUCGGUGUGCAACACAACAAGAGUUGAAUUACAACGGUUUGAAUGCAUGAGCAGAGGACGGACUACCGAGUUAUAGAGAAGAAAGUUGGUCGGUGAUCGCGGAGAGUCAGUCCACAUCUACAGGAGCGGAAAGACAAGAAAAACUGUGAUCGCUGCUUGAUCAAUGUAAAAGAUUGAAAGAUACUGUCGCAGACUCUGACAUUCCCCUGUAGUAGUCGAGAUAAGCUUUGACUUGGCUAACAGAAGGGGUUAAACCGUAUCUAAAGGGAGUUUGGAAAACCCAGCCUUUCUUCCCCAUACGGAUCAACUCAUUGGGUGGGAGCUGAGAGAGAGACAAGAGUCCCCAGCAAAUCAGGAGCUAAUUGAUUAAAGAGACUUCAUUUGAAUAGGAGGGGGGCUGGCGAGGUGCCAAUCGCCUUUCAAAGAAGCCCCCCGUAUGAUUAAUCGCACAGCAUUAUUGAUAAUCAUAACGGGGCACAUGCGCGGUGGAUGGGCUCGAUUUACGUAAUUUUUGAGCAGGUUUUGUAGUCAUUUUUUUAUUCUUUGCCUGCUGAUGUGCCAGCCAGCAUGUCGCGGAGGAAACAAGCGAAGCCGCAACACUUCCAAUCCGACCCUCAUCUGCCUUUAUCGGAGCACAAUGGGGACACAGAACUUUGCUCAGAGGACCCCCCCUGCAAGGAGUCAGACGCCCACGUCUGUAGCAGAUGUUGUGCUGAGUUCUUUGAACUGUCAGAUCUUGAGGAACACCAGAAGAAUUGCACUAAGAAUCAGUUAGUUCUGAUAGUGAAUGAAAAUCCUGCCUCCCCCACCGGAACUUUCUCGCCUGGGUCUCCUCCUCAUAAUCCCGAUGACCAGAUGAAUGACACAGCUAAUAACACUGAUCAAACAGAGUGCAGUGACCUUUUGGAGCCUAACACUCUUGAAAAAGACGAAUCCAUGGAUGUGGACGUUUCCGGAAUGAGCAGUGGUCACGAAGAGGAAGGCAGUAAUACGGAGAGUGGGAGCCCCGUCGACACAGUCGGCAGCCAUGGUGGCAUGGGCACCUCUGGCCCUGCUGUAGGUACUUCGGCCAUCUCUGCCCCUCUACCUCAGCUCAGAAACCUGACUGAACUGGGAAACUUCUCCAUGAUCAACAGCAAUGUCAUAAUAGAAAAUCUGCAGAGCACCAAAGUGGCUGUGGCACAAUUCUCUCAAGAGACCCGUAACACAGGGGGCCCCAGGGUGGCAGUGCCAGCCCUUAUGGAGCAACUCCUAGCCCUACAACAGCAACAGAUCCACCAGCUGCAGCUAAUUGAGCAGAUUCGCCAUCAGAUACUGCUACUGGCCUCCCAGUCCCCAGAACUGCAGGUGCCCCCGACUUCUGCUCCAGGCACAAUGGGGCCUGCUGCCAGCCCACUGACCACACUCAGCUCACAUCUCUCCCAACAGCUGGCUGCAGCCGCAGGCCUAGCGCAGAACCUGGCUAGUCAGUCAGCCAGUAUUAGCAGCCUGAAGCAGCUGGCUGCAGCGGCACAGCUACCUCAGUCCAACCCAAGCAGCAGUGAGACAUCUCAGAGCAUUAGCACACUGGGGCCAUCAACAGUCAGCACCCAGUCCUCUGACAAGAGGCCGAGUCAUUUGAGCAGCCUCCACUCUCAGCUCAGCAGCUCCUCACUAACCAAGUCAUCCACGCCUGCAUUUGGAAUGGGUAGCUUGUUAAGCUCUGCAGUGAAUCCCCUUCUACCUCAGCCCCCACCUGGAAACCCCAUGUUCUCCAGCUCUCUGCCCAGUGUUGGCACCACCGUAGAGGACCUCAACUCUUUAGCAGCUUUGGCCCAGCAGAGAAAAGGCAAGCCACCAAAUGUCACUUCAUUUGAACACAAGAGCAGCACUGACGAGGCUUUCUUCAAGCAUAAGUGCAGGUUUUGUGGCAAGGUGUUUGGGAGUGACAGUGCCUUGCAAAUCCACCUGCGCUCUCACACUGGCGAGAGACCAUACAAGUGUAAUAUCUGUGGCAACCGCUUCUCCACCCGUGGUAACCUGAAGGUUCAUUUCCAGCGCCAUAAAGAAAAAUACCCACACAUCCAGAUGAACCCCUACCCUGUUCCUGAGCAUUUAGACAACAUACCAACAAGCACCGGCAUUCCAUACGGCAUGUCUAUGCCCCCUGAGAAACCUGUCACCAGCUGGCUGGACAGCAAACCAGUUUUGCCCACGCUGACUUCCUCAGUCGGCAUGCUGCUUCCACCAACCAUGCCGAGCCUGCCACAUUUCAUCAAAAAGGAAGAUCAGUCAAUAGCCAUAACUAGCCCUUCUGUUGCAAAGAGUGUGUCAGGCCCUGCUGAGCUUUCAGCUAAAAGUAAUGAUGGAGUGUCUGAAGAGGGUGAAGGUGCAACUCUGCCUACCUCAAAUGGGAGAACUGAAGAAGGCAGCCACUCCUCAGGCCUCAUGACAAAUGUGAGCUCAGCCUCAGAGAGCACUGCCGACUACACAACAUCUAACAGCCCGCCCAUGAUGACCAACCCACUCAUGCCUCUCAUGUCUGAUCAGUUCAAGGCUAAGUUCCCCUUUGGAGGCAUCCUGGAUCCUCUCCAGGGGUCAGAGACCUCCAAGCUGCAACAGCUUGUAGAGAACAUCGACAGGAAGGUGGCAGACCCUAACGAAUGUGUCAUCUGCCACCGGGUGCUGAGCUGCCAAAGUGCUCUGAAAAUGCACUAUCGCACUCACACUGGAGAAAGGCCCUUCAAGUGUAAAAUCUGUGGCAGGGCGUUUACCACCAAGGGAAAUCUUAAAACCCACUACAGCGUCCAUCGAGCCAUGCCUCCCCUUAGAGUCCAACACUCCUGCCCCAUUUGUCAGAAGAAGUUCACAAAUGCUGUGGUUCUACAGCAACAUAUUCGCAUGCACAUGGGUGGGCAGAUCCCCAAUACCCCCUUGCCAGAAAGUUACCCAGAAUCCAUGGUCUCUGACACUGGCUCAUUUGAUGAGAGACACCUUGAUGAUCUGGACAACUUCUCUGAUGAGAACAUGGAAGGAAUGGAGGAGGGCCCAGACAGCAGUGUGCCAGACACACCCAGGUCAGCUGAUGCCUCCCACGACAGUCUAUGUAACUCCCCAACCCCUCUUGAAAUGGCUAGCCAGGAGGGGCAAGAGAGAAAUGGCCAAGAGAAUGCCCAUAACAAUAUAAUGGACGAGCUACAAUUCAGCCAAAUGAAGGCAAUGGCAAAUGGCUUAGUUGGGGGGGAUGACUCCUCGUCUCUGGGAGGGGAUGUUGAAAGCCAAAGCGCCGGGAGUCCAGCUGUGUCAGAAUCUACCUCCUCCAUGCAGGCGCCAUCCCCCAAUAGCAUGCAGCCGCAACAACGCAAAUCCCCUAGCCUUGAAGAAAGGCACCAGAGGGCCUUAUCCUUGGAGCAAACCACUGCAAGCCUAUUGCACUCUCACCCCUCCAACAUUGGAGCCCUGGACCUGACAUCUGUCAAUCCCUCUAAAGAUCCCUUGGGCAUGUUAUUCCCCUUCCGUGAGCGUAGCAUCAUCAAGAACACAUCCUGUGACAUCUGUGGGAAGACUUUCGCUUGUCAGAGUGCCUUGGACAUUCACUAUCGAAGCCAUACCAAAGAACGACCAUUUAUUUGCACGGCCUGUAACAGGGGUUUCUCCACCAAGGGCAACCUCAAACAGCACAUGCUAACCCAUCAAAUGAGAGACCUGCCCUCUCAGCUCUUUGAGCCGUCAAACACCAGCCUGUCCUCAAGCCCGACCCCUUCACUCCUCUCUGUAGGCUCUCUUAACAAGCCAGAGGUCAACGGCUUCCUCCACAGCCUCCACCCAGAGAACAAGGAAAUGCCCCCUGGCUUGGUCACAUCAUCUGCCUCCACCUCCCCAGUGCUUUCUGCUGCUCCACCACGCAGGACUCCCAAACAGCACUUCUGCAACACCUGUGGGAAGUGUUUCUCCUCUUCCAGUGCUCUGCAGAUCCACGAGAGAACCCACACAGGGGAGAAACCCUUUGCCUGCAGUAUCUGUGGUCGGGCUUUCACCACCAAAGGAAACCUCAAGGUCCACAUGGGCACACACAUGUGGAACAGCGUUCCCGCCAGACGUGGCCGUAGGCUCUCCGUGGAUGGGCCAAUGGCCUUCCUGGGUGCCAACCCAGCCAAGAUUUCCGAGAUCUUCCAGAAGGACAUGGCAUCUAGGGCAAGCAACGUGGAUCCGGCUAAUUUCUGGAACCAGUACGCUGCAGCCUUCUCCAGCAGCGUGGCGAUGAAGACAAAUGAAAUCUCUGUAAUCCAGAAUGGAGGCAUCCCACCCAUGUCAGGUGGUGUGGGAAAUGGGGGUAGCUCUCCCAUUGGUGGCCUGACCGGCAGCCUAGACAAGCUGCACAGCAUGGAGCCCAAUGCUGCUCUUGCUGGCUUGGAGAAAAUGGCCAACACAGAGAACGGGUCCCACUUCCGGUUCCCGUACUUCAUGGAGGACAAUAAAGAAAUUGUCACCAGUUAGAGUGUAUGUCCUCAGUUGCGCACAGACACAUGAAGAUGGCUGAAGGCAUACUGUACACAUAUGUAGACACACAGAAGAAGAGAAAGAAAGAGAACAAGACAGGGACAAAAUCAACUGAACUGCUUUGCUCGCCAUUGAAUCUUUACGAACAUGAGUGUGAAGACAAGUUGCUUUUUUUGUACAAUGUACAUGUUAUAGUUUUAAGGAGCUUAUUUAUUAGUGAUUAUAACCUUGCUUGAAACCAAGUGGAAGCAUUAACAGUUAGGUUUUUGUUUGUUUUAAAGCCAGAAUGGGUAUGUAUGGGUGCUUAAAAAUGUGCUUUUGAAACUUAGAAUAUCUGGUUAGAAAACCUUACCUUGGCAUUAAGUUAUUUUCUGUCUGUAGUAGCUAUAACCGAACUGUCGAUGUUCAUGUGAUGCAUUAGCCCUGUAAUAAGCAAACAGACUUGCUGUAAAUAAUGUACACUGAUCUUCUGUAGAUGGUCUAACAUCUGUGUGUUCAUGCCCCCCCCCCCCCCCUUCAUCAAAGCAAAACAAUGAAAUUCAGGCAAGGGACAAAAUGAUGUGCUUGUUCCUUUCUUUCCAAUUGCUAUUUACCUUUGUUUUAUUUAAGGAGUACAAAACAUUGAAGUUUGCUACAUUUCAUGGGUUUCUUUAGUGUUAACUUGUUUUGUUGUUACCAUUUCUGUGUAUUGUACUUUCUACUUUUUUGUUUACUUCCAUUUUUUUCUCAAUCUCUUUUUUUGUUGCUCGUAUUUUGGUGUUGAUGAAAGCAAGACAGAAGGGAACAUUCGGUCUGACCUAUUUCCUGGCUUUUGGAACUGGGACAGCCAAUCAAAUGAGCAGGAUUCUCCUUCAGUUUCUCAGCUGGAUUUCCACGUUGCUGCUAUGUUCCCAGCAUCCUCACUGACAUCAAGUGCAAAGUUAUGUGUUGAAGCUUCUGUAAAUACGUUCAGACGUGGACAUACAAACUCCCUCGUACGAAAAAUGUACAUAGAGCUCACACAAGAGAAGUCCAUCACGGCCAGGGGACAAAAUGAUAGUGUUUUUAUAAAUAUAAAUAUAUAUUGGGUUUGACAACCUUCGGACUGUUACAUGCACUUUCUUGGAAAGUUGGAAGAUCUUUAUGGGUCCAGUUUCUCUACACUUUAAUACCUACUAACAACUAAGAUACUGUAAUUCUUUACUCUAAUAAUCAAAUACAUCAGUUUUCCAAAAGAA